AUGCGCUGCAGGCCGGCCAUCACCUCCAUGUCUCUGGGUCGUGCCUGGGUUCACGACCUGGAGGAAAAACUACGCGAAGCCGCCCAAGCCGGCUUCCAGGGCCUGGAGGUUUUCUACGAAGACCUGGAAUAUCUAGCCAAGAAAGACGGACAAGAGGUAACCCCAGAAACACUGAUCCGCGCAGCGGAACAGAUCCGAACACUGUGUGAUGGCCUCAACUUGACCAUCAUCGGCCUUCAGCCGUUCUUAUUCUAUGAAGGAUUGAUCGAUCGAGAGGAACAUGCCGCGAAAAUCGAGAAGCUCAAGACGUGGUUCAAGAUUGUCACGGCCCUCGGCACGGAUGUCAUACAGAUUCCAUCCAACUUUCAGCGGGGCGGAAUUUCCGGAGACAUGGAUCUGAUCGUCCAGGAUAUGAGAGAGGUGGCAGAUCUCGGCCUCAAAGAAGACCCCCCAGUGAGAUUUGCUUACGAAAACCUGGCCUGGGGCACCUAUGUCGAUACGUGGGAGAAACUAUGGGAGAUAGUUUCACGGGUCGACCGUCCUAACUUCGGAUGCUGUCUGGACACGUUCAACAUUGCCGGCCGUGUCUGGGCUGAUCCUGCGAAGCCGUCGGGCAAAACUGCCAAUGCGGACGAAGACCUGAAGGCUUCCUUGGAGAGACUCGUCAAGACGGUCGAUCUCAAGAAGGUAUUCUAUGUCCAGGUUGUGGAUGCUGAGAAGAUGGAUCCUCCUCUAACGCAGGAUCAUCCAUUCCACGUCGAUGGUCAACCCAGUAGGAUGAGCUGGAGUCGAAACGCAAGAUUGUACCUCUACGAAGAGGAAAAGGGUGGUUAUCUUCCAGUAGUCGAGGUAGCCCGAGUUUUCCUAAAGGAACUUGGCUUCGAAGGAUGGGUAUCAAUGGAGCUUUUCUCAAGGACCAUGUCGGAUCCCGAUCCCAGUAUCCCACAUACGCACGCGCAGAGGGGGAUCAAGGCGUGGAAGAAAUUGGCACAGGAACUGAGUUUAUAG